AAACAAACAAAAAACCUGUCUCUCUCUCUCUCCGCUGGAAUAUACCCCUCUCAUGGACGUCCACCGGAGACUCCCUAAACCUCCCCUUCCCACCACCCCACACAUCCAGCCCCACCAUCGAGAUACAGCCGUUGAUCGCAGUCCUUCGCCUACCCCAAAGGCAUCCGAUGCACUUCCUCUCCCUCUAUACCUGACCAACGGCAUUUUCUUCACCCUAUUCUUCUCCGUCGCUUACUACCUCCUCCACCGCUGGCGUGACAAGAUCCGUACCUCUACUCCCCUUCACGUCGUCACUCUAACUGAACUCACCGCCAUUGUCUCCCUCAUAGCCUCCUUCAUUUAUCUUUUGGGCUUCUUUGGCAUCGAUUUCGUACAAUCCUUCAUUGCACGUGCCUCUCACGACGCAUGGGACGACGUCGUUGACGACGAACGCUUCAUCCUCAACCAAGAUCGCCGCCGCCGCCGCAGCAACCCUUGCUCCGUCGCCCUCGAUUGCCCCGUCAAUAUCGUCCCUACGCCAAAACUCAUGGAUCCUCCGAUCCCUCUGUCGUCCGAAGAAGACGAAAAAAUCGUAAAAUUAGUGGUUUCUGGGAUAAUGCCCUCAUAUUCGCUCGAAUCAAAGCUUGGGGACUGUUAUCGUGCGGCCUUAAUUCGGCGCGAGGCGGUGCAGAGAAUUACAGGAAGGUCCCUUGCAGGAUUGCCAAUAGAUGGGUUCGAUUAUGAGUCUAUUUUGGGUCAAUGUUGUGAGAUGCCGGUUGGUUAUGUGCAGAUUCCAGUGGGGAUUGUGGGUCCAUUGUUACUUAAUGGAUGUGAAUUCUCAGUCCCAAUGGCGACGACUGAGGGAUGUUUGGUUGCAAGUGCGAACAGAGGUUGUAAGGCGAUAUAUGCAUCAGGUGGUGCCACGAGCAUUCUUCUGAGAGAUGGGAUGACCAGGGCGCCGGUUGUGAGAUUCCCGACGGCGAAGAGGGCUUCGGAACUGAAGUUCUUUUUGGAAGACUCUGUUAAUUUUGAUACGUUGGCCGUGACUUUCAACAAAUCGAGUAGAUUUGCUAGGCUCCAAUCUAUUCGGUGUUCUAUUGCGGGUAAAAAUCUUUAUGUGAGAUUUAGCUGCUUCACAGGUGAUGCAAUGGGGAUGAAUAUGGUGUCCAAAGGUGUUCAGAAUGUUUUGGACUUCCUUCAAAAUGAUUUCCCAGACAUGGAUGUUAUUGGUAUAUCUGGGAACUUUUGUUCCGAUAAGAAACCAGCUGCAGUUAAUUGGAUUGAAGGUCGUGGAAAGUCGGUUGUUUGUGAGGCAAUCGUCACUGAAGAGGUCGUACAGAAGGUUUUGAAAACCAGUGUCCCUGCCCUUGUAGAGCUUAACAUGCUGAAGAACCUUACUGGUUCUGCUGUUGCUGGUUCUCUUGGUGGUUUCAAUGCCCAUGCUGCCAAUAUCGUCUCUGCAAUUUUUAUAGCCACUGGGCAAGAUCCGGCACAAAAUAUUGAAAGUUCUCACUGCAUUACUAUGAUGGAAGCUGUCAAUGAUGGGAAGGAUCUUCACGUGUCUGUCACCAUGCCUUCAAUUGAGGUGGGUACUGUCGGAGGUGGGACUCAACUUGCAUCUCAAUCUGCUUGCUUGAAUUUGCUUGGGGUGAAGGGUGCAUGCAAAGAGUCGGCGGGAUCAAAUGCCAGGCUCUUGGCCACCAUUAUAGCUGGUUCAGUUUUGGCAGGAGAGCUCUCAUUAAUGUCUGCCAUUGCAGCUGGGCAGCUUGUUAAGAGUCACAUGAAAUACAACAGAUCAAGCAGGGAUGUUACCAAAGUUAGUUCUUAGGAGGAGAGAACUCGAAUCAAAUAUUUUGAAAACAGUGCCAGCGCUGGGGAGGAAAAAGGCAAACAUAGCCCAUGUGAGGUUUCUUUUUGUCAUAGCUGUAAAGCUUGUAAUCAUGUGAAGUUGAUAGAUGAAGCUGACCUGCCUGCUCUUUCUCUCUCUCUCUCUCUCUCCCCCCCCCCCCCCCUCCUCCGUGUGUGUGUGUGCGUGUGUAGUCAAUCCCUAGCACCUUGUGGCCAUUAUAGCCCCCAAAUAUUUAUUCUUUGCUGUCCCAGUUGGGAAUUUGGAAUCAUUGUCCCCCCUUCUUGUUGGUUCUGUGUAAUUGUUUGUCCUCAAGAAACGAUUCACAGGGUUUCUUGUUUUUAUCUUUGUCACUAUAUGUACAGGUUGAAAAUUUCCCGGACUUGACUUCAGAUGGCUCAUUUUUUUGACUUUAGCUCAUUGGUUGUAAUCAUUUGAAUUAUUUGCUGGGGGGAUAAUAUGAAUGUUCUUU